AUGAAGCUGCCUCUGGAGGCUCCCCACCUCAAGGACCCAACCAGCGCCAUCAAGCCCCGCCCGCCUCUUGCCAGUUACGCGUUCGGCGGCAUGUCGGCCGUGGGCGCCGUGUUCUUCACGCACCCGUUCGACCUGCUCAAGAUCCACCUGCAGACGUCCAAGAAGGAGAAUAUGGGGCUCGUGACGGCCGUGCGUCGCAUUCUACACCAGCAGGGGCUGCGCGGACUCUACCAGGGCAUCAGUGGAGGGGCCAUGAGGGAGGGCACGUACUCCACCAUGCGCUUCGCGGUCUACCACUACCUCAAGGACGAGGCCGUGCGCCGCAACGACGGCCAGCCCAUCUCCACGGGCCACAACGUGCUGCUGGGCAUGACCGGCGGCGUCAUCGGCGGCGCCUUCGGCAACCCGGCGGACAUCGUCAACAUCCGCAUGCAGGCGGACAGCCGCCUGCCGCCGGAGAAGCGACGCAACUACAAGCACGCGGUGGACGGCCUCCUCCGCGUGGAGAAGGAGGAGGGGCUGGCCGCGUUGAUGCGCGGCGUGCGCCCCAAUAUGAUCCGCGCCAUGCUGCUGACCACGGGUCAGAUCGCGGCCUACGACCUGGCCAAGUCGACGAUCCUCGAGAACACAAUGGUGCCGAUGCACGACAACCUGCAGACCCACGUGCUGGCCAGUAUGGUGGCCGGACUGGUGGCUACGACGGCCUGCGCGCCCGCGGAUGUGGUCAAGACACGACUCAUGAACAUGCACAACAACGAGUACAAGAGCGCCACUGACUGCUUCGUCAAGGUGGUCAAGCACGAAGGCCUGCGCGGACUCUACAAGGGCUGGCUGCCGGCCUACAUGCGGCUCGGCCCGCAGACGCUGCUGACGUUUGUGUUCCUCGAGCAGCUUCGCAAGCGGCUAUUGUAA